UUUAUUCUGUACUGCACGAGGGGCUGAGGACACUGAGAUGAAGCUGCUAUUGAUGGGGAGUGAGCAGGCACAUUCACGCUCCAGCCACAUUACCCCUUACCCGUGUGAAGAGUAACCAGGGCCGAUAUGAUGGCUGAUGUCUCUAUCAUUGCCAGGAGUCGAACCCCAGGUCGUGCAGUGACAGACACGCGACUCUUAGUGUGACUCUCGCAUGUGACAAUAAAACUUUAAAGAGAGCUGUGGAAAAGCAUGUAUUUGAGGUUUUCGCGGCGCCAACAAGCACCGCAGAAAAAAUCUGACAGCUCAAUCCUCCAGAUCGGACGGCGGGGUUUCGAAUCCCGUGUGGUACGGAAGUAUUCUAGGAUAAACAGGCCGGAGCGUUAGGCGCACGGAGGCGACAGACAGCACGAACAACCCAAUACCCUACCAACUACACUGAGCCCCUCAAGGCGUCUCAAAGGUCUGGUCGAUACGGUUGGUGCCGUGCGCUCAGAAGCAGAGCUUCAGUUACGAGUCAAUCCACAAGAUGAUCAGAAUUGGAUUUGUUGGCGCGGGGAAAAUUGCACAGGCUCUGGCCAAAGGAUUCAUAGCUGCAGGUUUAACCAAAGGAGAGAAAAUAGUGGCAAGUGAUCCAUUUCCCCAGACCAUCAAAAACUUUGAGAUGCUGGGUGCGCAGAUAUCGAGUGACAACAGGUUGGUGGUGGAGCAAUCAGAUGUGGUGUUUCUUGCUAUUAAACCUGAGACUGUUCCAGCUGUACUCUGCAACAUCAGGCCACACAUCUGCAAAAGACAUCUCCUUCUUUCCACUGCAAUGGGAGUUUCCAUCCAGGACAUCGAAAAGGCUUUGCCCCCUGCUACAAGAGUAAUCCGAGUGAUGCCCAACACACCUGUCCUUGUCAGGAAUGGUGCUUCUGUCUUUGUGUGUGGCUCAGCAACACAGUACGAAGAUGAGAUCAUCACGCGUCGACUGCUGGAAGCCAUUGGAACAUGUGACAAAGUUCCAGAGUUGCUCAUGGACACAAUCACAGCUCUAAGUGGUUCCGGUCCUGCUUACGUAUACAUCAUAAUUGAGGCACUAGCUGAUGGUGCAGUGAAAAUGGGCCUACCAAGGGAUCUGGCGUAUCGGCUGGCAGCUCAGACUGUUGUUGGGGCUGGAAGCAUGGUGCUUGCUACAAAGGCUCAUCCGGCACAAUUGAAAGAUGAUGUGACAUCACCAGCAGGUUCUACAGCCGAGGGACUUCACUUCCUUGAGCAACACGGAUUGCGGACAGCACUCAUCGGGGCCAUUGAGGCAGCCACAUUAAAAUGCAGACAAAUUAGCAAAGAAACAAAAGAACAUAUAUCAAACAGCUGUUCAACAAAGCAGCAGUUAUGUAUAAAAUCACAGGAUCAGGCAGACAAUUUCAGUGCAGGAAAACGUGUCAGAAAUUAAAGCCCACAUUAGUUGAUUACCAGACUUGGUGAGAACCGCAAUGAAAAUCCACUUCUCCUUAUUCACUAGAACACAUCACACCUGUAUUUUCUUCUGCAAACUUGGUCAGACCCAUACUUCUGAUCAUGAUUAUAUAAACUUAUUUAACCGAUAUGCACUUACUGCUUUCUUACUUAGGCUACUAAAAUAUUUUGUUCACAUGCAUGCCAGCAUCUCCGAACACAGCAUCAACAAAUAACAGUUCAGAAAACAUUAAAAAAUGCUGCUGAGUGUCAAUUCUUUACAGAAUUAUUAGGAAAUAUACUACCAAAAACUUACCUCCCUGAAUUUCUAGCAGUGUGAAAAUUAGAAUUGAAACUCUACACCUGUCUUCAAACUGCUGAAAACAAGGAGUUACAGUGUGUGAUAAAACACUGAUGUUGAGUAGUUAGCACCCGUGCUUUUUAUUUUGGAUGUCCUGUGUUUGAUUCUCUGCACAGACAAGAUUUUUUUAUAAUUUUCUUCAGUCACUUCUGACAAAUUCUGCUUAAACACUGAUCACGACCUCUUCCUUCUCACUUCAUCCAUCUGAUGCCACAUGACCUAGGCAGUUGAGAGCGCAACAAAAAAUAAACUAAGGAACAUUCAUUGUGUACACAAUACCAUAGAAGCCAAAAUCUUUAACACGAUGUUUACCUUGUGAAUUUAUCAGUAUCACAAGAAAACCUAAUGUGUACAAUAUUGAACACUAUUUAUCAGCUGAUCACAAGUAUCAGUUUCCUUAGAUAUUCUCCUCUUGUCACUGUGUUCCAUACCUGAUUCCAUCUAUGCUCUAAUGGUCAAAACUCAAAAAAUAUGCCUUUAACUGAUGUUUACUCAGAACUGACAAUAUCAACAGUGACUGAUUCUAUUAUCACAUGACAGCAGCACACAUUCGUUGCUGUGUUGUCACGUCUCUCCUCUACACAACUAGUUUCAUUCACAGUUGUAUCACUCUUUGAACACGAAGUCCAAAUUACUGCAAAUAUAUAAGAUUAUUCCCAUGCUACUGCAUGUGAAUAGACGAGCGAGUCCAUGGACAGAAGAGAACAAAGUUAUUGUGUCCGAACAGUACACUAAUCACAGAACAAUGGAUGUAAAUGAAGACCUUUUGUGUCACCCAACUGUGUGAUCAACAAGUGAAGAAAUUUUCAAUGUUCUUGUACAAAAAUGGGUCAAGAAACAUGAAAUAGUAGAGCAUGUACCCUACCAUGAAUAUGGUAAUAAGUUCCUCAGAAACUCUUAUAACCAACUUAAGACAACACACCAUCACAAUGUAGAAGACUACAAUCCAAGUUAUAAGAAACAGCAAGCAUAUGGUCCCUAUCUUACACAAUGUUCUAAACUAGGCUGAAUGUAUUGCAGUCUUGUAAAAUAAAGCACAUUUCCUUAUCA